GCAAGGUUGUUUGCGCAAACAUGCAGCACGGUGCAUGUUUUGCACGCGGGUGCGUGUCGGUGCAGGGUGGGUGGAGGUCGCUUUAAGAGUUGUUGCUGCGGCCGCCCCGUUUCAGGUGGAGCGCAGGGACGGAGACACACGCACACAGCAGCCAUGGCGGACAACAUCAAAACAGGAGUCUUCGCGAAAAAUGUGCAGAAACGGCUGAACAGGGCCCAAGAGAAGGUGCUGCAGAAGCUCGGCAAAGCAGAUGAAACAAGAGAUGAGCAGUUUGAAGGAUUUGUACAAAACUUCAAAAAGCAGGAGGCUGAAGGCUGUCGAUUACAGAGGGAACUACGUGGCUACCUAACUGCAGUGAAAGGAAUGCAGGAAGCUUCUACAAAGCUGACAGAGUCACUGCAUGAUGUUUAUGAGCCUGAGUGGUAUGGUCGGGAUGAUAUUAAAACCUUAGGCCAGAAUUCUGAUUCACUGUGGGCAGACUUCCACCAGAAGCUGGUUGACCAGGCUUUGUUAACGCUGGACACGUACUUGGGGCAGUUUCCUGAUAUUAAGACUCGAAUCGCAAAGCGCAGCAGGAAACUUGUUGACUACGACUGUGCACGACAUCACUUGGAGUCCUUGCAGCACUCGAAGAGAAGAGACGACAGCAAGCUCGUCAAGGCAGAAGAGGAGUUCCAAAAGGCUCAGAAAGUCUUCGAAGAAUUAAAUACAGAUUUACAGGAUGAAUUACCAUCAUUGUGGUCAAGCCGAGUUGGUUUCUAUGUCAACACAUUCAGAAACAUUACCUGCAUAGAGUCUAAAUUCCACAAGGAGGUCGCAGUGCUCUGUCAUAAGCUUUAUGAAAUAAUGAGCAAACUUGGAGAACAGCAUGCGGACAAAGCGUUCACCAUCCAAGGGGCUCCCAGUGACUCAGGACCACUGAGGAUUUCCAAGACCCCGACCCCUCCAGAGGAGCUGUCUCCGCCCAGUAGUCCAGUGACCAGCCCAAACCACACCUUGGCGCCCGUGGUCGUGUCGCCGGCCCAUACUCCAACUCGUCCCAAAUCACCAUCUCAGCUAAGGAAAGGACCUCCCGUCCCACCGCCACCAAAACUGACCCCAACAAAAGAGCUGCAGCCGGAAAACAUCAUCAACUUCUUCGAGGACAACUUUGUUCCAGAGAUCAACGUCACCAGCUCAUCGCAGGCCCUGAUGUGCUGCGGAUCCUUUUUUGCUGUGCCAGAAAUAUCUCAACAGCCGGAACAACCUGCCACACAGCCGGGCGAGUCUCUGCUUGACAUGGACUUCGAUCCUUUCAAACCUGACCAGACCAGUACAGCAACGCAAAGUCAGUCACCACACGCUCAGACUCUUCCUUGGGAUCUGUGGGAGGCAAACACAGAACUAGUUCAACCUAUGCCCAGUGCUGCAUUCAAUGGAUUCGCACAGCUGGAUGCUGGUAUCACAGGCGGAACCACGGAGCUGCCCAGUCAAAGCGUGUUUGAUACAGUGAUCAAUGCUGAAGCCACUCUUGUGGAGGAGCCCAAAGCUGCGGAGGCUGGCACGGAGUCGGCCGAGGAUGCUCCCUCUGCUGUGCAAGGCACAGUCGUGGAGGAGGCCGCGGAGAUUAAGGAGCUUGACGUUCAGGAGGCAGCUGUAAGUGCCGAGAACGAGGGCGUCGAGACGAUUAAUGACUCCGAAGAGCAGAAGCCGGCUGUAGAUGCUGAAGCAGAAGGAGCUCAGAACGUGACGACCGAGAAGGAUGAUGAAGAACACAAGACAUCUCCUGAAGAUGUGGUGACGUCCCAGGUCUCGGUUCCUUCGAUGGUUAUCGAGCCGGCAUCCAACAACGAGCACGAGGAUGAUCAGAGUCCUGCCGUGAACGACGCUGUGGCCGUGCAGGAGGCAGGUGAGGUGCCAGCCAAGGAAGAGAAUUCAGCUCCGGUGCCCAGUGCAGUGGAAGAGACAGAGGAACUGAAUAGAGCUGAAGAUGAGCAGCAAGUCAAUGCAGAGAGUACGGGCGUCCCUCAGCAAGAGAACACACCCGAGGUUGAGGCUGCCAAGCCACAGCCCAUGCCUCCUGGCUUCAUGUACAAGGUUCAAGCAGUCCAUAACUUCGAAGCUGCCAAUGACGAUGAACUUAACUUACAGCGUGGAGACAUUGUGUUAGUGAUUCCGUCGGAGACAAUAGAAGACCAGGAUGCGGGCUGGCUCACAGGGGUAAAGGAGUCAGACUGGAUCCAAUAUGGUACUACCCACAGUUACAAGGGGCUGUUCCCCAAGAAUUUCACUCAGCAACUGGAAUAGACUUUGGCCACGGGCUCCGUCGGUGUGGAAGUUACCGGAGAGAAACGGAGAAAGCAGGACUCUGCUUCCCAAGCCACAUGGUCUCCCACAACACAGUUGUGUCCUUGGAUUUAUCAAAGGGAGGUGCCAGAGGCGCACAGCUUAUCCGCGAGGCUCAACGUAUCUAAUGAUCACAAACACUGAAGUGAGGCGGUGUAUAUUAGGACACAGGAAGCAUGCACUGACCUUGAUAUAAUCUAUUUUCAACAAGCUAUGAAAAUGAAUAUGCAUUUCUUUAUUAAAUCCAACAUUCUGUUUGUGUUUCCCUGGAGUUAACGAUAUUCUUGAAUGCACCUCUUCCUGUCGGUAUAACGGUGGUGUAGUCCUCCCGAUGACAACUCCAUGUUUUGCACUGUGCAUUACGUAAAAUCUGCUGCAAUGUGUCACAUUUCGGUAGCCUAUCUAGUCGAUUCUGUGUGUACUUAUUAAUUUUUGAUCUGUUGGCUGCAAAUUGUUUUUUUAAAAUCUGUACACCCGCAGAGCUGAACAGUCUUUGCAGCGAUGUGGGAUGAGUGAUUGUACCGUUGCAUCUCCUCACCGUGUGCGUCGCGGCGUUCCCCUCCUCCCAGUAUCCGUGCUGGCUCUGUUUUUGAACAAAUUCUAUUGCUCUGUUGCCAAAAUGAGUCUGGGAAACUGUAUUUGUAAUGUAUUGCGCGUUAAAGGUUAUCAGAUUCAGAACGAUGUUCGAAGGACAAGACUACACCACCUCCUGGCUUCUUCACUGAAUAAAUCAACAGGGAUUUACAGGGAGAAAUGAAUCAAUGCACCAAUUACUGAACACCGUGCCCUCUAGUUAUCCUUGUAGCAGCAGUCUGAAACAUUUCAUUCCAACUUCGUGGAAUAUACAGUCACAUAAGGAUAGGCGUUGUAACCUAGAUAUUGUAUUGUGUAGUCCCAUACUGCUCUCCAUUUCACCACUGCUCAUGCUGGAAUAAAAAGGUAAACUCAA